CAUUAUAUUGAUCUCUACAUUCAUCAUCUCCUUCAUCUCUGUAUCUCUCUCCUCGAUCCUCUUCCUCCUCCCGCACUCUCAUCCUCUUAAAACCCUUACAACAAAAUCAGAUACUCGGCGCCCGCCUCUACCAACCACCUCUCCUUCAAUUCUCGAUCGAUCGAUUGUACGUGUUGCAAGUCGAAGACGAAGAUGGCGGAAGUAGCAACAAGUUUUGGUGAAAGUGACGUGACAAGACAAAAGUUGAGGUUGUUAAAGCUUGCUGCAAGGAAGCCUGGUAUCAAAUCCUCACAAAUACCUCAAGUCAAGAAUCCAUCAGCAGUUGAUGCCUACAAUAAGCGCAUAUGUCAAUUCUCAAAACAAGUGCCUAAACUCAACUGUAACUCUAUUACUGGAUUGAAGCGUAGAGCUGAGGAAGUGUUAGAAGAAGAAGAAGGUGGUCCUAAACCAAAGAGGUCGAAGAUGGACAGUGCUACAAUACUAUAUUGUCAGACCAUUCUUGGAAAGUUAAUGAAUCAUAAGUUGGGUAACGCGUUCUUUGCCCCUGUUAAUCCUGGUGUCUACUAUUAUGACAUCAUAAAAAGACCAAUGGAUCUUCGGACCAUUAAACAGAAAUUGCAGCAGCUCAAAUAUAUUUGUGUUGAGGAGUUUGAAGCUGAUGUCAGGCUCACAUUUUCAAAUGCAAUGUUAUUCAAUCCUCCUUUCCAUUGGGUCCAUAAAUGUGCCAAGGCACUUGUCGAGGUGUUUGAUAAUCAUUGGAAGCCUGUUGAAAUGAAUCUGGAAAAGGAGCAUCACAAAGAUAUUCAACUCUCCCCGUCAAAGGCGUUACGUGUGGCACAAUUGAAGACUAGGUUUGCUGAAACCAUACUCAAUGCCCAACGUUACACUUUGUUGCAACAGGGUGAUAAAACAAUUGGGCAAGUAGAAAAGGAGUCGGCUGCAAGAUUAAAUGAAGAAUCUAAAAUGAAAAGGAAAAGACAAGAAGCGAGGGAGGAAGCCAGGAUGGCAAUUAGAAAGAUGGAACGAUCAGUGAUAAAUGUUGAAGACAACUAUAAAGUUAUGAAAGAUCUUGAGGGUCUGAUGGGAACCUCAAAUUUAGUAGUAAAGUGCGAUGAUCGUAGGUCCCUUGCUACUAUAUGGAGUCAUGUAGACCGUCGUAUAAUCAGGACCCCAUUGGAACGCCUAGGUUUAUUCAUCAAGGAUGACUAUCACUGAAUUAAGAUGGAUCGAUCGAUAAGGAGCUCAAGGCAAUGUUGAUAAUCUGUAAGAUAAGUUUAGACAGCAUAUCCAAAUGGCUAAGUAAUGUAUAGAGGCCAACUAGCUUUCAGUCUUUCAAACCUUGAAAGAAGCACAAUAAAUAGAGCACAAUGGGCAAGAUGAUUACAAUGUAUGUUUAAUUUGUAGUAUGAUACCAAAAUGAAUGGAAUUCAGAAAUUCGGAAACCA